AUGCUCCCUCCCGUGGACGAUGACGUCCUCCGGGAUCAUCCGGAGUUUGCCAAUCUCUACUCGACGCUGACAAACGUCAUGCUCAACCCCGAUGCCUCGACCAAGCACGACCCGGCCGCCAAGGAACGGGCCGCUGUACGAGAGGAACUCGAUAAACUCCGUCUCUCGACGGCCAAGCACCAUCUCCUCGAGCGCGCAAUUGCCACGGCGUCACCUCCGGAACCGAAGCCAAAGCCGCGCUCUACCUCUUCGUCUUCGUCGAACCAGCUCCGACAGCAGCGACGGCCGGAGACGGGCACCGCAGAGCUGCCCGAGUCCCUGCUCGACCUCCUCCUUGUCCUCCCUCCACUGCUUGACGCGGACGCGUCUCUCCCCCAGGACUCGGCGGCGCUUCUUCUCUCCAGCCCCCCGCUCUCCGAUCUCGACUCUCUACUCCCGCCGCUGGCAACCCUGGUCUCAUCCAACCUGCACUCCUGGGCGCUAAGCCUCGCCCGCCUCACCCACCCGACCACGAACCCGUCCUACCUUCAUCGCCACAUACCCUCCCUCCCCAAGGACUACGCAGACCUCGUCGACAGCCUCUUCGCGGCGCGGCAGUCCCUAGCGGCGGCCCGCCUGCGUGCCCUCGCCUCCCUGACCCAGCUCUUCCGCUGCUACACCCAGUCGCUCGUCCACCUCGUCCGCUCCCUCGAAGCCAAGCACGGCGUCCUCGCCCGGAGCGUCGAGCUUCGCGCCUCGGACGUCUCGCUUCGUGCGCAGCGCACCGAGCUGGAAGCCACACACGCCGCGCACCGUGUCGCAAAGGAGCUGUACUCGCCCCAGGCCGUUGCCGCUCUGCGAAGCUACGCCAACCACUUGAAGGAUGCCAAGCUGAGGACAGCCGAGCGGGUGCGCAGCUUGCAGACCGAGCUGGCAGAGUACGGCGUCGGUGCCGCUGGCGACGAGGGCAAGGAGAAGACGAUGAGAGAGAUGGCCAGGGUGUACCACGGAAUGAGAAGGCAGAUCGAGGAUGUCAAGCAGGAUCUCGACCGGCUCCAGGAUGGGUGA